AUGGUAGGACCUGAUUCUACCACCCACGGGUGCUCAGUGGUGGUGGGACCAGCCCACCAGGGCCACCUGCCCCGUCCCCAUGUCCCCACAGAGCACCUCACCCAGAACAUCCUCACGUCUCACCGCGAGACCUGCCAGCUCGGCGCCGAGGAGCUGCAGCUGCGGCGCUGGGACACCUUCACCCGCGAGGAGAUCUGCACCUACCAGAGGAAGCCGAUGGCAGAGAUGUGGCAGCGCUGUGCCGGGCGCGUCACCGAGGCCAUCCAGCACGUGGUGGAGUUCGCCAAGCGCCUGGGUGGCUUCAUGGACCUCUGCCAGAACGACCAGAUCGUCCUCCUCAAAGCAGGUGCCAUGGAGGUGGUCCUGGUCCGCAUGUGCCGAGCCUUCAACUCCGACAACCGAACCGUCUUCUUCGAGGGCAAGUACGCGGGCGCCGAGCUCUUCAGAUCCCUGGGCUGCCCCGAGCUCAUCAGCUCCAUCUUUGACUUCGCCCAGAGCCUCUGUGCUCUGCACCUCUCGGAGAGCGAGGUGGCCUUCUUCAGCGCCCUGGUCCUCGUCAAUGCCA